CCCCCCCCCCCCCCCCCCCCCCCCCCGCAGCCCCAGCAGGGCAAUGGGCUGCCGGCCGCCGGGCGCCCCAAGGAGAAGAAGCGCUCGCGGGAGAACAAAGAGGUGCCGAGGGCCAGCCUGCUCAGCUUCCAGGACGAGGAGGAGGAAACGGAAGAAGUUUUCAAAGUGAAGAAAUCAAGUUACAGCAAAAAGAUUGUAAAACAGUUGAAGAAAGAAUACAAAGAAGAUCUUGAAAAGUCAAAAGUUAGAACAGAGGUCAAUUCUCCAACAGAUGUUGAAGCACCACUAGAAAAGACAGGACAGAAUAAGGAUAUAGGCCAAGAAGAUGGGACUGCGAACAGUGAGCAUGGUGAAGAAGAAAUGGAAGUUGAAAGUGAGAAGGAAGAAGAAAAACCAAAAGCUGGUGGUGCUUUUUCAAGUGCUCUAUCAUCACUGAAUGUUCUCCGCCCAGGAGAAAUUCCAGAUGCUGCUUUUAUUCAUGCCGCUAGGAAAAAGCGUCAAAUGGCUCGUGAACUUGGAGACUUUACCCCCGUUGACAGUGAACCAGGUAAAGGCCGCCUUGUUCGAGAAGAUGAAAAUGAUGCCAGUGAUGAUGAAGAUGAUGACGAGAAGAGGAGGAUAGUUUUUACAGUGAAGGAAAAAUCCCAAAGGCAAAAGAUUGCUGAGGAAAUAGGUAUUGAGGGAAGCGAUGAUGAAGCACUAGUGGCAGGGGAGCAAGAUGAAGAACUCAGUAGAUGGGAGCAAGAGCAGAUACGAAAAGGAAUCAACAUACCCCAGGUCCAGCCAAGUCAGCCUGCAGAAGUGAAUAAUGUGUACUACCAGAACACUUACCAGACACUGUCUUACGGUUCAUCAUAUGGCAUUCCAUACACCUAUGCUGCGUAUGGAUCAUCGGAUACCAAGUCUCAAAAAGCAGAUAAUACAGUUCCUUUCAAAACUCCCAGUAAUGAGAUGACUCCUGUUACUAUUGAUUUGGUAAAGAAACAGCUUAAAGACAGGUUGGACUCUAUGAAAGAAAUGCACAAAGCUAAUCGGCAGCAAUAUGAGAAACAUCAGCAAAGCCAAGAGGACUCUACCAAGGCAAUUGAAAGAUUAGAAGGGUCUUCUGGGGGUAUUGGUGAACGGUAUAAGUUUUUGCAAGAAAUGCGAGGGUAUGUCCAAGACUUGCUUGAGUGUUUCAGUGAAAAGGUGCCUCUGAUUAACGAGCUUGAAUCUGCAAUGCACCAGCUGUACAAACAGCGAGCUUCCCGCCUUGUCCAAAGACGACAAGAUGAUAUUAAAGAUGAAUCUUCGGAGUUUUCAAGCCAUUCAAAUAAAGCACUGAUGGCACCAAAUCUUGAUUCUUUUGGGCGAGACAGAGUGAUCUAUCAAGAACAAGUCAAGCGUCGAACUGCAGAAAGAGAGGCUAGAAGAGCUCGCCGUAGACAAGCCAGAGAGCAAACUGGGAAGAUGGCAGAUCACCUCGAAGGCCUGUCCAGCGAUGACGAGGAAACUUCAACAGAUAUCACAAACUUCAACUUGGAGCGAGAUCGUAUAUUGAAAGAAUCCAGCAAAGUUUUCGAAGAUGUUUUGGAAAGCUUUUACUCCAUUGAUUGCAUUAAGUCACAGUUUGAAGCUUGGCGAUCCAAGUACUUUGCUUCUUAUAAGGAUGCUUAUAUUGGCCUCUGUUUACCAAAGCUGUUCAACCCUUUAAUCAGACUUCAGCUGCUUACCUGGACUCCUCUGGAGGGCAAGUGUCGAGACUUUGAAACAAUGUUGUGGUUUGAGUCAUUGCUGUUUUAUGGCUGUGAAGAGCAGGAGCAGGUGAAAGAUGAUGCUGAUAUUUCACUAUUGCCUACCAUUGUAGAGAGAGUCGUUCUUCCUAAAUUAACAGUAAUUUCUGAAAAUAUAUGGGAUCCCUUUUCUACCACACAGACAUCUAGAAUGGUAGCAAUUGUACAGAAACUAAUAGAUGGAUAUCCCUCAGUGGUGAAUGCAGAAAACAAAAAUACACAAAUGCUUUUAAAGGCGUUGUUGCUAAGAAUGAGGAGAACACUAGAUGAUGAUGUAUUCAUGCCCUUGUAUCCAAAAAACAUCUUAGAAAACAAGAACUCUGGUCCAUAUUUGUUUUUCCAACGUCAGUUUUGGUCCUCUGUUAAGUUAUUGGGAAACUUUCUCCAGUGGUAUGGAAUCCUUUCAAACAAAACUCUACAGGAGCUGUCCAUAGAUGGGUUGCUAAAUAGGUACAUUCUCAUGGCUUUUCAAAACUCAGAGUAUGGAGAGGACAGCAUUAAGAAAGCUCAAAGUGUAAUUGCUUGUUUCCCUAAGCAGUGGUUCACUAAUCUAACAGGAGACAAGACUAUUUCUCAGCUAGAAAACUUCUGCAGAUACCUUGUUCACCUGGCUGAUACAAUUUACAGAAACAGCAUUGGUUGCUCUGAUGUAGAGAAGAGAAAUGCAAGGGAGCACAUCAAGCAGAUCAUAAAGCUUCUAGCAAGUAUCCGAGCCCUGGAUCAUGCCGUUACUGUUGCAAAUGAUCACAAUGUAAAAGAGUUCAAGAUUCUAAUAGAAGGAAAAUAGACUUUUCCCACCACUCAUUUUGAGCUUUAAAACCAUUCCUGAUGUGUAAUUUAUGUACAUAUGUAAAGUUUCUUAAACUGUAAAGUAUUGAUCUUCGUUUUAAUACAAAGUGCAUUCUUAUAUACAGCAUCCUUAAAAAUAAAAAUCAUUGACUUCAUUGAAAACAAAAAUGGAAUCCCAAGGUUGUCAUCUUUCCAGAAACCAGAUUUUUCCUCAAGUCUCCCAUAAUCUUGCUCACAAAAAUACUUUGUGCCCAUAAUCAAUGGUCAUCUACUCCUGUUAAUUGUUCAUGGUUAACUGGAAUGUGUAUAAUAGAUUCUGUGUAAUACACUGUAUGCAUAUAUUUAUACCACCCUGUUGCUUUCACACUGGAUAUAGAGAUGUUGUACUGUUGCAAAAGCUUUUCAUUUGCUAAAAAAUUCUUAUUUUGACAAUAAAACGAUCUUCUUAUUGGUCAGAAGGGCUGGUAAAACAUUCAAAUAUGUGAAAAGUCACAAGUUGAAGAGUAGAGGCACAUUGAAGUGGAUCCUGACCUUUAAAAAGCAGCUGUGCACUCCAAGUGGAAUAACUAAAAAGUGAUUUGCAUUCAGAAUAUGGAACUCUUACGACUGUUCUUCAAAAGGAAGAUCUGGAUAAGUGGUGAAGUAAUUUUUUUAUAUAUAAGCAAACAGAGAAUUUGUGAUUAUUGUACAUGUGUAGAUGGUGGCGUUUCCUAAGCUCCAAACACCUUCUGUUUUGUAGGACUAAUGAUUUACCUCUGGUUUCUGGACCCUCCUUCCUUUUCUGAGUUGCUUAAGUUGUGUCAGGAUUUAGAGGAGGAGUUUUGGGUUUGGUGCUUGCUUUGCUUCCAUUUUUUGGUUUUGUUUUGUAAUGUCAUUCAUGGAACCUGUUUCUUCAGGUAAGAGUGGCUGAAGAUAGGGAGCAAAAUGAAGGUGAAAAAGACCUUUGAAGUAUUUAUAUUGUAGUAAAUAUUCAAAUGUUACACUUCCCACUAAAUAUCAUCUAAGGAUAGUCCUAAAAAACCCAGGGUGUUUAAUUUAAAUGUGAAAAACCACUUCAAAAAUCUAUUAUAUACAUGAGAGCACUAGUGACUUGAUUUUGGGGUCCAAGGCAAAACAGCUGUAACAACCUUGGGUUAAGAGCUAUUCUCCAUGUGUGCCCAACUUUUUUUAAGGGAACUGUAGCAAUUAAUUUGCAUACUGAAUAAUAUUUAUGCUUAUGUCAUGGUAUAAAUGAGUAUUUUAAACACCAUUUGCAACAUGCACGCUUCCUUGGGACACUGCAUAGUUGUUUUGAACAGUUGGGAUUGAUGAAGCACACAGAAAUACCUGCUUCUAAAAAUUGCUUCAAUAAACUCAUCUGUCAAGGAGUUGUUGCAGUGC